AUGGCAUGCUUGAGAGACAACUUUCAGAAUGGCGUCUUGCUUGAUGGUCGGUAUAAGACCAUCUCUCCUCUCAACCAUGGCUCAUUUGGCAUGGUCUUCAUGGCCAAGGACAUCAAAACCGAUGACACUGUCGCCAUCAAGUGCUUGACUAAGAAGGAAGCCGCUGAUGACAUCGGUUUCGACUUCGCUAUCGACGAAAAGUCGGAGGAACUUGUUCUCCACCGCCACCUUGGAUCGCACCCCAACAUCGUCAACCUCCUCAACACCUUCGAGACCGAAUCUCACCUCUACCUUGUCCUCGAGUUUUGUCCUCAGGGUGACCUGUACGAGGCCAUUCGCAAUGGUCAGGGACCACUCGAGACCGAACAUGUUCGACAGUUCAUGUUGCAGCUCGUGGAUGCUGUCGACUACAUCCACUCCAAGGGUGUCUUUCACCGAGAUAUCAAGCCGGAGAACAUUUUCCUGACAAAGUCUGGUGAUAUGAAGCUCGGCGACUUUGGACUGGCGACGACUGAGAACUGGACCUUGGAGAACACCGUCGGCAGCGACCGCUACAUGUCCCCGGAGCAGUACGACUCUGCCGGUGCCGGUUACUCCCCUGCCCAAGCGGACAUUUGGGCCAUCGGCAUCUGCCUACUCAACAUACUCUUUUCCCGAAACCCGUUCACCACCCCAACCGAGGCGGACCCUCUCUUCUUAGACUUCUCGAGGGACAAGCAGUCGCUCUUCGACGUCUUCCCAUCCAUGUCGCAGGACACGUACGAGGUGAUUGCCCAGUGCAUGAGCUUGGACCCUAAGAAGAGGUCUCUUGUUGGUGCCCGAGCUGCCCUACAGCGUGUCGUUAGCUUCACCACCACCGAGGAAGACGACGAUGACUUCUGCUGCGCCGAGCGUCACGUCAUGGCCAGCGCCAACCGUGAGCCUCUUCGCACGCCCUCAAUCCAGAGCCCCCAGGUCGACCAGGGUGCCUUCCCUUGGGCCAAGGCCCUGCACACCACGCCCCCCAAGCCCAUUCGCCAGCUUAGCGCCAUCGCCGACGACGAGAGCUACACUGAGGACUUGUUUUCCAAGUCAGGUGAGACUUCGGACUGGUUCAGCUCUGCCCAGACGCCGUCCAUCUCUUCCACGCUCAACUCUAGCCUUGGUGCGUCGAUGAAGUCGCUCCACAUCGGUCGACCCAUGAAGGCGGCGCCUCGUCCCAUCCCCAAGGUCUCGCCCAUGGCCGGGUCCCUCCCCAUCAACAUGACCAAGCCUCGAAGCAACUUGUCUUCCAUGUCCUUGGUCUUUGGCCGUAAGGAUGUCGUCUCCAAGAGCUGGAGUGACAUGUGGGACGAGGACGAGGAGGAGGAAGAGGCGGAGGCGGAGCGCGAGAGGCAAAUGCAGUCUCUUAAGGACCUUAACUCGAGGACCUGGAGUCACGACAGCAAGCUGGAUGAUCAGGACGACUGCGACACGGUGGAUGCUACCCCCAUUGCGACUACCCCUCAGCGUUCUCAUCACGACAGCCACAAGUUGAUCCACAACGACAUUGACAGCGACCACGCUGCUGACGGAUUCUUCUUUCAACAAUCGUCUCCACCAAAGCCGAAGCCAAUGGUGACCACUUCUCAAUCACCCCCUAAGCGGGACAAUCUCGACAAAUGGUCUGCCUUGGGUCAGCGUCGUCGCGGGCUCACAGGCUCGUUAUACUCGCAAAUGUCACCCGAGUUUCCUCGACAAAAAACAAUCGGACUGAGCUACAACUCUUAUGCAGCGGGAGUUUCGGACCACACUGGACAUCACAUCACUCACAACACUCACAACAAAUCACCUAAGGAAAAGGUCAAGGAUUGCCCCUGGAACAAGGGCAGAGAUUGGAAUUACUGGCGCAGGGAGAAGCGCAAUGAUCUCGCAGAUGUCGAGUGGGUUGGCGGCUGGCAGGAAGCACAUUCCUAG